AUGUACACAAUUUAUCAAAACAAUUAACUUCACUCCAAAAAACCGAUCUUAACAUCACAUUUUCAUAGAAAUAAUUGCAAAAUAUGAUUAAAGAAAGCGUUAUGAAACGAAAGAGAUUGUAUAUAGUCGGCCUGGCUGGCCUGGGCCUCAUAAUUUUAGUGUCGAUCUAUAAAUGUGGAAGCAAUCGGCCUCCAGUAUCCCAAAUUCGAGAUUGUUUCUUCUGUGAUUUUGCCCACCAUCGAAAAGGACCUCCACCUGUUUUGGAGGUGGAAACGGAUGAGUAUGUGAUCUUCAAGGACAAAUAUCCUGCAGCACAGCACCAUUAUCUGGCGAUUCCUAAGGAGCAUUUCGACAGCUUGCAGGUUCUCAAUGGAUCCCACUUGGGAUUGGUGCAACGCAUGGAGGAGGGCAUGAUGGAGUUUUUGAGAUCAAAAAAUAUAGAUCCCAAGCAGGCGAUCAUUGGAUUCCACUUGCCACCAUUCAUUUCGGUGCGCCACCUUCAUUUACAUGGCAUAUAUCCCCCUUCCGACAUGGGCAUUGGAAAUACGAUCAGUUUUAUGUCUUCAUUCUGGUUUAAAAAGUCGGAGGACGCAAUACGAGAGUUGGAGGGAAGGGAACUUUGAGAACAAUUGAGUUUGUGGCAAAAUUGUACUUUUGUAAUGCAAUAUUAGAUAUGCAUACAUAUACAUAUGCAAAUAUUAACUUUAAGAGAUCUGUUUACCUGUGACCGACAAUUGUUGCAUCAAACUGUGACUGAUUCCCAGUGAUAACGAACCUCAGGUCCCAACUGUAGGACGUCUUAGACAAAUUUACAAAGCAAAUAUAUAUAAAUAUUGCUUACCAUUUAUUGUAUAUAUUUUAAUUUUUAAACUUCAUUAACGGUUACAACCAAAAAUAAAGU